AUGGCUAAGGCAUUUGCGAAAGAAGCUGGCCUUACCUUUUUUAAGGUAUCGGGUAGUAAAAUCAAUUCUGGAUUGGUGGCUCAGCAAUUUGGGGCCAGCAAGAAUAAACUUUAUUCUCUGCUGGAAGCCGCUGCAAAAUAUUCAAAACAAAAAAAGCGAAGAGUAGUAGUGUUUAUUGACGAGAUAGACAUGAUGGACUCGGAUGCCAAACUGGCUGGAAUGAGUCUUAGUGAUCUUAGUGGGGGCGGCGUCGGCGGCACAGAAUUCAAAGAUAUAAUGGAUGGAGAUGACCACGAAAAGGCGGGGAGACUAGAAGAAAAAUACUUCAUUGGUGAACCGAAAGGAGAUGAUUUAAAAGCUAUAAUCGAUAUUUAUGUCAAAAAGCACAAGGAGAAAAUUCCUGACAACUUGGAACCAGAACUAGCGGAAAAAAUUUUUGAAAAAAUUAGAAAUAAGGGGUUUGUAGGAGCCACUAUUAACAGCAUGUUUGAAAAUCUCGAUUUUUCUCGUAAAAAAUUAAACAAGAAAAAAAAUUCAGAUAAAAGAGAAAAUGACUGGGAAGUUUUUGAAAGAGCAAUCGAACAGACAAUCGAAAUUGAGGAAACAAGUAAAAAGAAGAGAAACAACAUUUUUGAAUAUUUAUAA